AUGUACCGCAAUCAUCAGUAUGACAUGGACUGCAUCACCUGGAGCCCUGCGGGGCGCAUUCUUCAGGUGGAGUAUGCCAUGGAAGCUGUGAAGCAGGGAACGCCCGUGCUCGGCUUGCGCUCCAAGGAAUGUGUUGUGCUGGUCUCCUUCAAGAGAGCUCAGUCAGAGCUGGCAUCCCAUCAGCAGAAGAUCUUCAAGAUCGAUGACAACAUGGCCAUCGGCAUCUCCGGCCUCACUGCAGACGCACGCGUUCUGGCCGACUACAUGCGCAACGAGUGCUUGAACCACCGCUAUGUCUUCGACUCGGCGAUGAACGUGGGCAGGCUCGUGGCGCAGGUGGCCGACAAGUCCCAGCAGAAGACCCAGAACUCCUCCAAGCGGCCCUAUGGUGUCGGACUCCUCGUGGCUGGUUGCGACGAGAAGGGCCCACACCUCUUCGAGACCUGUCCCAGCGGAAACUACUUCGAGUACUAUGCCAUGGCUAUCGGUGGGCGCUCAACCUCAGCGAAGACGCACCUAGAGAAGCAUUUCGCGGACUUCGAGACUGCAGAUGUAGAUGUGUUGGUCAAGCACGGGCUGGAGGCCAUGAACAAGACGACCUCGUCGGAUCAGUCCUUGACGACCAAGAACACCGCAGUCGCCGUGAUUGAAGCUGGAGGCAAAUACCGGGAGAUUUCGGGCGACGAUCUUCAGAAGUUCAUCGACGGAUUGGAGAAGAAGGCAGAGGACGAACCCAUGCCCGAGGAGCCCACUCCGGCAGCAGAGGGCGCCGCUCCCAUGGACACGUCGGGAUGA